AUGAGAAAGAUUGUGAAAGCUAAAGAGAGUUUUGAGGCUGCAGGAUACAACUAUGAAGAUAUAAGAAGAAUGCGUGACUGUUCUUUUAAGCAAAUAUACCAUAUAUUGCGAGGUGAUUUUAGCAAAGUGAGAUGGAGGAGAUUGGUAUGUAAUAAUGCAUGGUGUCCUAGGUGGAUAUUCAUGCUAACUAUGGUGGCAAAUGGUAGACUGUACACGAAGGAUAAAUUGCUAAAGUGGGAAAUCCAAACUGAUCAAGCAUGUCUGUUGUGUAAGCAGGAAAAUGAGUCUAUCCAGCAUCUAUUCUUUGAGUGCCAAUAUGCAGCGGAGUUAUGGAAGAAGUUGCUUAAAUGGCAAGGCAUUAGCAGAACCAUAUAUGGGUGGUCAGAGGAAUUAAAAUGGGCAGAAAACUGGACAACAAGAAGGAACGCACGAACAGAACUAUUCAAGAUGGUACUAGCAGGAUGUGUUUAUUAUGUUUGGCAGGAAAAGAAUGGCAGAAUUUUUCAAGACAAAGCGAGGAGUUGGGAGAUAAUUGGCAAGCUGAUAGUACAAGAAGUGCAUUGUCAAAGCAACAAGGAAGUAGAGAAAGUUCUAAGUAAACUGGAUUACUACCCAAUGUAA